AGCGUCUUUGGAGUUGGACUGCUGUGACCUAACGAUGGUGGACGUCUAUAAAGGUCUGAACCUGCUGGAGAGUCUCAAGGACUCCAUGGAGAGUAAUAAGUUGUCUGAGGUCAAAGAAGCCGUGGAAGACCUCCUGAUCAGCAGGAUCAACUUGGCCAUAGCAGGCGACCGUGGAGAGGAGAAGACCUCCUUCAUAAACUCCCUGCACGGCCUGUGUCCCGGGGAGGAAGGAGCAGCUCCAACCUCAUCAGCGGUCGAUAGCGAGGACGUGACGUGCUACGUCAACCCCAAACACACAGACUACCGCCUGUGGGACCUCCCUCCUGUCCCUGAUUCGUCUCCGUUCGACUGUGACAACUACAUGGACAGGGUCAAGUUUCUCCGCUACAACGCGGUCUUCAUGGCGUUCACGCAGACGACUCCCCCGCCCAGCGUUGUGGACCUGUUCCUCCGGACUCGCACGUUGCAGCAACAAACGCUCUAUUUGACCCUUUUGGUCUCGGGGAACGAUGAAGACAGGUAUCUCGAAGCAAAAAGGAGAGCUAGUAUGGAGAUGCUGGCGUCCAGAGGGGUGACCCAGCCUAAAGUCUACCUAGUGAGACCUUCCGCCUUGGAGACUUUGGACUUCCCUACCCUGCUGGAGGACAUGACCAAAGACCUUCCUGAAAUCAGAUCAUACGCUCUUUUGAUGGCACUCCCAACACUGACCGCCGCUUUGGUCUCCCAAAAAAAGGAGGCUUUCAAAGCGCUGGUGUGGGCAGCCGCCUCCCUUUCUGGCGGCAUGUCAGCCAUUCCCGUUCCCUUCGUGGCCUCCAUGGUGGACACGAGUGUAGCCGUACGAAUCCUGUCUAAAGCUCAAUUAUCCUUAUGUCUGGACGAUGCAUCGGUGGAGCGACUGGCCCGGCAGCGAGGCGCAGAACCGGCGACACUUAAAGCCUUGCGGACGUGCACGUUGUCCGUGGAGGUCACCAAGGGGGAGGUGAAGAGCCGACUGGCGGCAGCGGAGAGGGACUCAUCCACACUCUCUUCCAAACUGAUGCAGAUGGCUAUACCCACACACGCACGUUCGGCUGGCCGUUCCUUUUCCGCCAUGUUGCACGCCUUAAACAGCGCCAUCGAUGACAUGGCGGCAGAUGCAGAGAAGAUUUUGGCCUUAGCUUUCAGUUAGAGCAGUGGUUCUUAACCUGGGUUCGAUCGAACCCUAAGGGUUCGGUGAGUCAGGCUAAGGGGUUCGGCGGAGGUCAAGACACACCCAACUCAUCGUGUAAAUAAAAACUUCUCCCUAUCGGCGUAUUACGGAUACGGCAACAGCAGAAGUCAUACUGAUUUGCAGGUGUGUAAUUUGUUGUGAGUUUAUGCACUGUUGGUUUUGUUCUUUGAACGAGGUGAUGUUCAUCCACGGUUCAUUUUGUGCACCAGUAAAAAAACAUGGUAACACUUUAGUAUGGGGAACAUAUUCACCAUUAAUUAGUUGCUUAUUAACAUGCAAAUUAGUAACAUAUUGGCUCUUAACUAGUCAUUAUUAGGUACUUAUUAAUGCCUUAUUCGGCAUGGCCUUAUUAUAACCCUAACUCUCUAACCCUAACCCUAACCCUAACCAAAUAACUUUAAAUUAAGUCUUUGUUAUUUAGAAUAUGUUCCCCAUACUAAAGUGUUACCAAAAACAUAUAACUUUGUCUUGAAUUUGAAAAAAAUAAAAUAAUAAUUUUUCACUAAAGAAGGGUUCGGUGAAUGC